AUGGAAUCUUGUAAAGUUCUCAAAUAUGUAUCAGUUUUGCUGAUUUUUCUCCUUAGCCUUCAUUUUUCAACCUCUGAAACUCUCAGUCCCUCACUUUUGCACCGUGUGAUUACUGACACCAAAGUCCUACACAGCAAUUUCACUGCUAUAUCAGAAUUCAGAACGAUAAACAGAAAAAUUCUGGCUGACUGUUCUGCUUCAAAUCCCUUUAUCCGUGUGAAUGUGACCUCAAAUUCAAGCCUAUCAGAUGAUGGAUUCGUGACAGUCACAGUCACCGGAGUUUCCAAGCCUUCAGACAAUGAUUGGGUUGCCAUGAUCUCACCUUCCAAUUCUGAUGUUUCAUCUUGUGUUCUAACAGAGUUUUUCUAUCUGCAAACUGGUGAUACAGCCAAACUUCCUUUGCUUUGCCACUAUCCUAUCAAGGCACAGUACAUGAGCAAAGAUCCAAAUUACCUCAGUUGCAAAAACAAAGAAUGCAAGAAAUAUCAAAAUGGAACAUGCGUUACCUCAACGUGCAGUGGUUCAAUACAGUUUCAUGUCGUGAAUAUCAGAAGUGAUAUUGAGUUUGUGUUCUUCUCUGGUGGAUUCCUGAAACCCUGCCUUGUGGGAAGGUCCAAGCCUCUGAGUUUUUCUAAUCCCAAGACUCCUCUCUAUGGACAUCUCUCAAGCAUAGAUUCAUCUGGAACAUCGAUGAGACUAACAUGGGUUAGUGGAGAAAUGAAGCCUCAACAAAUCCAAUAUGCAAAUGGAAAAACAGUUACUUCAACAGUUACUACAUUUUCAAAAGCUGAUAUGUGCAGUUCAGUGGUUCCUAGUCCUGCUAAGGAUUUCGGAUGGCAUGAUCCAGGGUACAUUCAUUCAGCAGUAAUGACUGGCCUUGCCCCUUCAAGCAAAUUCCCAUACAGAUAUGGAAGUAACGCUGUUGGUUGGAGUAAGCAAAUCAUGUUGAAAACUCCACCAGUUGGAGGAUCAAAUGAGCUCAGAUUCAUUGCAUUUGGUGAUAUGGGAAAGACUCCUCUUGAUGCCUCAGAAGAACACUACAUUCAGCCAGGAGCACUUUCUGUGAUUAAAGCCAUAGCCAAGGAUGUAGAUUCCAAGAAUAUAGAUUCAAUCUUUCACAUUGGAGAUAUAAGCUAUGCAACAGGUUUUCUUGCAGAAUGGGAAUUCUUCUUUCACCUUAUCAACCCAGUAGCUUCCAGAAUUUCUUAUAUGACAGCAAUAGGGAACCAUGAGAGGGAUUAUAUAAAUUCAGGUUCAAAGUAUAUCACUCCUGACUCUGGUGGGGAAUGUGGUGUACCUUAUGAAACAUACUUUCCAAUGCCAACUUCAGCAAAGGAUAAGCCUUGGUACUCUAUUGAGCAGGGAAGUGUUCAUUUCACAGUAAUAUCAACUGAGCAUGACUGGUCAAAGAAUUCUGAGCAGUAUGAGUGGAUGCGAAAGGACAUGGCAUCAGUUAAUCGACAGAAAACUCCUUGGCUAAUCUUCACAGGACAUAGACCGAUGUACACCUCUAGCCACUCAUUUUUGUAUUCUGGUAGCAAGUUUAUUGACACCGUGGAGCCAUUGAUGUUUCAAAAUAAGGUUGACUUGGCUCUCUUCGGCCACAUACAUAAUUACGAGAGAACUUGUUCUGUAUUUCAAAAUGAAUGUAAAGCUUUGCCUACAAAAGAUAAAAAUGGAGUAGACAAAUAUGAUGGCAGAAAUUACAGUGCCCCUGUGCAAGUUGUUAUUGGCAUGGCUGGCUUUACUUUAGACAAAUUUUCAACUAAUGAUAAGAGUUGGAGCCUGAAAAGGAUUUCAGAAUUUGGUUAUUUAAGAGUAUAUGCUACAAGGAAUGAUUUAAACGUGGAGUUUGUCGUCUCAAAUACAUCACAAGUUAAGGAUAGUUUCCGAAUUACAAAGUGACACAUCUCUCAAGAGUAGAGGGUAUAUUAUAGACAAAGAGCAUAAAAAAAACACAAGCAGGUGUUAUUGAAAGGUAACUAGAU